GGGUAAGGGGAAGGCAGGAUAUAAACCUCUCAAACAGUGGCUAGUCCUUGUUAACCUGGCAGGGCUGGGGCAGGGGCUCAGGGCCAAAGUCCCAAGGUGGAGUGACUGAGGCAGGAGGAGAGCUGGCUGCGAGGGAUCCCCUCAUCAGAAGCCCCAGUGCUACUGGGAGGACUCAGAAGCUCCUUCAGACUGGUUAGUUCCCAAUCUGCUCUCCCAGCCCCUAGUAAUGUGUUUCUAAGAUGAGCAGCAUAAGUCUCCCGUCCCCCCUCCUAUAGUGUAGAAAGCUGCUCAGAGUUGGAAUCUCUCACCCCCCAUCACACCAUUUUCACUGAGCUGUCAUUAAUUGUGCCUGGUACUCAGCAAGUGCUUAAUACAGAUUAAUUGAUUCCUGGUCAAAUUGAGAAACAAUUGAUAGGAAUCCAGAGGCAAAAGGGCCUAAUCCUGAAUGUGUGGCCCGGAUGGGCCUGAGCCACACACUUCAGAAAGCUCAAGGUCAACCUGGGACUAUGGGGUGAGAUUUUUUUACCUUUUUUUUUUUUUUUUUAAUUCUUAUUUCUCCCUCUUCCCACUCUUAAUCUCUGCCUGGUUGCCUUCUGACCUCUGGAAGAUCUUGGUAGAACCCCUACUGUCUUGGGGGGAGUGAGGAAUAAUGUGUCUCCCCCCAGAAAAAACCUUUUUUCCUUCCAGUUCUUGAACAGCAGAGGGAGAAAUCCAGUAUGUCUCAUCUCUGAGUUCCCCUUCUCCAUCCAUCUCUUCUCUGCUCUGGACACUUCCCUGACCCACCCCACCACAUCCCUGACCCUCUGCCAUUGGGCUCCUGGCUUGUGCCUUGCCUGUUCUCACCCCAUGCCCCGUACUCCCUCUCCCACUCUCGGGCCCUCCUGCACUCCAUCUGUGCCAAGAAGCUGGGUGCUGGGCUGUGUCCUCUCCACCUGACAAGCCCUGGCUCAAGGUCACUGCAGUAAUUCCAUACAAGACUGGCUGGUGCUGCUGCUGCCGCCUUAUCGGCUGCCUGGUUUCUAUUUCACUCCCCUUUAUUCCUGGGCAUAUUGUGUUCGAUAAAACUCUUUGCUUUUAACACUACUGGCAGCACUCCCAGCCUUCUCCCUCCCUCCUUCUCUUCCUCCCUUCCUCCCUCCCUGCAUCUCUGUCUCAUUUCUUUCUCUCUGCUGCACUGGCAUCUCUUCCCCUAUAAUACUGACCCCUUUAAACUUUUGAGAAGUUGAGGGAUAUGGGGAAAGGACCCAGGUACCUUUCCACCUAAGUUUCCUUCCCUCCCCACGUAGAGACUGAUGGAAACAAUCUCUCUUUCAUAUAAACAUCUUCUGGGGAGGGCUUCUCCUUUGGGGGAAACCUGGGAAAGACCCAGCUGGACCCCCAGGUUUGCCUUCUCCUCCCGAGGCUGAUCCUACUGGCAUUUCCUGAGUUAAGCUGGGAGAAUGAAAAGUCCCUUAGGUCCAGUCUGGGCUUGCUCCCUUUCCAUGCAUGGCACAGUGCCUGGGGCAAGAGGGUGAGGGUGGCCCUGCCACAGGCUGGGCUCCUUUGUGGAGUUAUGAUGCCCAACUGGAUUAACUGGUUUUCAUCGACGGCCUUCAGCAGUUGCGUGCAUUUUGGGGGCGGGUUUUAGUAUAAAAAUUUUUCCCAUAUUUAUUCCACCAUCCCAUCCACCCAGCUGGGAGGUGAGGACAGGCUGCUUCUGAGUCACCCACAGUGCGGGGAGGGAGGGAAUAGGACAAGUUGUAGCAGCUGAGCUUCCCCUCAGAAGCCACCCCCCUGCUUCCCUCCCCAAGGACACAGCUCCUGCUCCAGCAAUUCAGUGUCUAUCGACCCCCCUCAGUGGCUGGUUGGGGUCUGGAAGAGGUGAAUGUGAACUCAGUGGGAUUCUUCUGGAACCUCAAGGUCAGGUCUGGGGAUCUAAGGGAGCUGUGCUGGAGGCUGCAAAGAAGCAGUAAAAAAGCUCCAUGAAGAACUCUUCAUAGCAACGGUCCUUUCCCUACUGAGACCAGCAUUCUUUGUCCACGUAUUUCUUGGGGCCAGAACCUGUGAACUUUAAUCCCUUGCUCUAAGUGCUUUCUUUCUGGCUGGGGGAGGGGACGGCCAUCCCCAGUGCCCCCAGCCAUGACGACCUCAGCUCUGAGACGACAAGUGAAGAAUAUUGUGCACAAUUAUUCAGAAGCAGAAAUUAAGGUACGUGAAGCCACUAGCAAUGAUCCCUGGGGGCCGCCAAGCUCCCUCAUGUCGGAGAUCGCUGACCUGACUUUCAACACCGUGGCCUUCGCCGAAGUCAUGGGCAUGAUUUGGAGACGGCUCAAUGAUAGUGGGAAGAACUGGCGUCAUGUAUACAAGGCUCUGACUCUGUUGGACUAUUUGCUAAAGACUGGCUCUGAUAAAGUGGCCCACCAGUGUCGGGAGAACCUCUACACCAUUCAGACCCUCAAAGACUUCCAGUACGUGGACCGUGAUGGCAAGGAUCAGGGCAUCAACGUUCGGGAGAAGGUCAAGCAGGUGAUGGGGCUGCUGAAGGAUGAGGAGAGACUGAAGCAGGAACGGACCCACGCCCUCAAGACCAAGGAGCGCAUGGCCCUUGAGGGCUCCGGCAUAGGCAGCGGGCAGCUAAGCUAUAGUCGCCGCUCCUCCCACUACGGCGAUGAGUUCGGCAGGACCAGAGGAUCCCCUUCUUCAUACAACUCCUCAUCUUCAUCUCCUCGAUUCACCUCAGACUUGGAGCAAGCUAGACCCCAGACCACAGGAGAGGAGGAGCUCCAGCUGCAGCUGGCACUGGCCAUGAGCCGGGAGGAGGCAGAGAAGCCGGUCCCUCCAGCCUCCCACAGGGACGAGGAUCUGCAGCUACAGCUGGCACUGCGUCUGAGCCAGCAGGAGCAUGAGAAGGAGGUGAGGUCCUGGAGGGGAGAUGACUCCCCCUUAUCCAAAGGCGCUGGGGGCCAUGGUCGCCGGGACCAGGACCCCGAAAGAGAAGAGGAAAAGGAAGAAGAGAAACUGAAAACUAGCCAGUCUUCCAUCCUGGACCUUGCUGAUAUCUUUGGACCAGGACCAGCUCCACCCUCCACACACAGUUCUGCUGACCCAUGGGAUAUCCCAGGUCUCAGGUCUACGGUAGAACCUGUUGGCUCCUCUUGGGGACCCUCGGCAGACCCCUGGUCUCCAGCACCUUCUGGGGAUCCUCUGUCUCGGAGCCAGCCUUGGGAUUUGUCCUCUGUUCUCUCAUCUUCGGAACCCUGGAGGCGGACACCUGGGCCACCCCUGUCAGUGGAUCCCUGGGUGAAGGAUUCCCCCCAUCACAAGCCCUCUGGCACAGGGACAGACCCUUGGGGAGCUAGCUUGGACACUCCCAAUACACCCACAGCUCUAGGUGGUUCAGCCUUUGACUUAUUUGCCAAACUUCCAGAAUCAACUGAAGCCAGAGAGGGGCCUGAGAGUGCCCAGACCCUCCCCUCCGUGCGGCCUGGCAGCCCUGACUUAGACCUCUUUGGAGACCCUCUCCCUAGCUCCAAGCAGAAUGGUACAAAGGAGCCAGAUGCUUUUGAUUUGGGAGGACUUGGUGGGGCAUUGACUCAGGCAGGCAAAGAUGGUCGAGCCUGCCAGACCCCUGAGUCCUUCCUGGGACCCUCAGCCUCCUCUCUGGUCAACCUUGAUUCACUAGUGGUGGCCCCACAACCUCCGAAGACAAGGAACCCAUUUCUUUCAGGUCUCAGUGCCCCGUCCCCCACCAACCCAUUCAGUUUGGGUGAGCAGGGAAAGCCAACUCUCAACCAGAUGCGGACGGGAUCUCCAGGGCCCAAUCUGGCCUCCUCAGUGCCUAUGGGUGCUCCCGUAGGCUCAAUGACCUACAGCGCCUCUCUGCCCCUUCCCCUCAGCAGCGUUCCAGCAGGAAUGACCCUUCCUGCCUCUGUCAGCGUUUUCCCUCAGGCUGGCACCUUCCCUCAGAUGCCUGGGACCUUGCCUCAGCCCCUGCUCCCCAUGUCUGGUUCAGUGGGACCCUUGAACCCCUCUUCUCAGCCAGGCACCAACCCUUUCCUUUGAACUCUGCCCUCCUCUUCUCAGCUCUGACUUCUGUCACCUUCUUCCCGCCUUCCUGGAAACAAUUUCCAGUCUCUUCCUAUUGCUUCUCUGCCUCUGUGCCCCGGUCAGCCGCUGGCAGCUGACCAGAGCUUUCCCUGCCCCUGCUUAAGGGGCUGGGGUAGUGGAUAAGGGGCACUGUCCCCAUCCCACUUAGGUCAGUAUGAAUGUUGCCUGGAUGCUUUGUUCCCUGUCCCAUCUCAGGAGUGGGAGAGGAUCUUAGGGAGCUCAGGGAAAGAACAUCCUAGGAGCCAGAAUCCUCUAGGUUUUGUUUGGGCUGGAGGAAUGGCUUUCCAGGCUCCAGCUAUCCCUUGAAGGGGCUCAUGUAUGUAUGUGUGAAGGGCUCCGAGAUACCACAAGUACUGUAGUGCAUAGCACAGAAGAAACCUGGUGACCAGAAGCCUUUUGGAGCCAUGGCAAUGGUCCCAGAAUAAAUACAUGAAUUAGCACGAUAGAA